UUCUCUCGGCCGCAGGAAGCAGAGGCGUGGAAGAGAGAGAAGCAAAGUUGGGAUUUUUUUUUUUUCUUUUCUUUCGUGCUGAUUUUUCCCCGCGUUAUUGUUUCGGUGCCCGUGACUUUCGGUUGGGGGGUUCACCAGAUUCGCCAGGAUGUUUCCGGAGAUUAGGGGUUCACAGGUGCCGGUUGAUCUCCUUCUUUCUAUUUAUAUCAUUUUGACGCUGUUGUGCGAGCUCCUAAAUCGCCGCUUGGAUUGAUUUCUGGGGUUGGACCCGAAGUAGUUGAUGUUUUUUCGCCCUUUCGUACCGAACUUUAUUGGGUUCGUCGAUGUUGUGCUUUCGAUGUGUUGAUUGCCCUAAUUUGAAUCUGGGGCUUCUCUCUUGCAUUCUGUGUUGGAUUUUGGGCCUAUUUUGGACGAGGAUUUCAGUUUAGCUUCUUAUUGAAUUCCGGGAUCGGAUUCCUGAGGUUUUGCUGCUUGUUACGAAUAUCUUUAUGGAUUUGAAGGAGAAUCGUCCUUCGAUUAUUUUUCACUGUCGUGUUGUCCGACUAUAAGACUCUGGUGGAUUCUUACCGAAGUUUUAAUUGGCUUUGGAGUAGGAAGUGGUAGGUCAGUGAUGGAUCUGGAAUUCAAGGAAAACCAUUUGCAUCACCGUGGAGUGAUUUAGCAGAUGAAAAAUCACACUGGAAUUCUUGGUUUACUUAGAUUAUUUAAAUACUGGAAGGAAGUCUGCGAAUUGGCGAGUUGUCGAACUGCAGAUGAGUAAGUCAGAAUGAAUUGGCUUGAAAGAGCCCGUAGAUGGGAACCCCUGAUAAAAGGUUCUCCGAUCUCUUCCAUGCAGUGAAAUCCUUGAUUCCUCGAAGGACUGAACCAGCUAAUGUGUCGAGGGACUUUUGGAUGCCCGAUCAUAGCUGUAGAGUAUGUUAUGAGUGUGAUUCACAGUUCACUAUCUUCAACCGUAGGCACCAUUGUCGUCUAUGUGGGCGGGUCUUCUGUGCAAAGUGUACUUCAAAUGCCGUUCCAGUGACAUCUGAUGAACCAAAGAAUGCCCGGGAGGAUGGGGAGCGGAUUCGAGUUUGCAACUAUUGCUUCAAGCAAUGGGAAACACAGGUAGUGGCAGCCGGGAAUGGAGUUCAUCCAUCCAGUCCAGUCCUCAGUCCUUCCCUUUCAACCACAAGUUUGGCCAGUACCAAGUCCAGUGGCACUAAUAACAGCAGUUCUAUGACUGUGGGUUCUGUGUCAUAUUCUACUGGACUUUAUCAGCAAGGACCAUAUGGUUCUGGUCCUAGUCUCAGUCAGUCUGCUCAAAUGGAACCUUAUCUGGAUAAGCAAGAUAUGUUGACGCCAAAAAGGAACAUGGACUCAAUGGUGGAUGGACAAGAUACUUCUUGUAAUCAUUUUGGCUUUUGCUUGAACAGGAGUGAUGAUGAUGAUGAUGAGUAUGGUGCAUGCCGCUCUGAUUCAGAACCACGACGUUUGCAGAACUCUGAUGACUAUUAUGGUCCAGUUGAGUUUGAUGAAGUUGACCAGGGUUAUGGGUCUAAUAAUGUCCAUCCUGCAGAAGAAACUGUUGAUGCUAAAGACAAUUGCUCUUCAGUUUGUGAUAAUACAGAACUUCAAUCUGCUUUAGGUGUUGAUAAGAUGGAAGAACUAAGCCUUGAUAAUAGUGAUGAAUGUAAUGCUUCAUCCUCCAUAUAUGGCAUGAAAGGUGUAGAUGCAGAGCCUGUGGACUUUGAGAAUAAUGGACUACUUUGGUUCCCUCCUGACCCUGAAGAUGCAGAAGAUGAUAGAGAAGCCACGCUAUUUGAUGAUGAUGAUGAGGAGGAUGCUACAGGAGAGUGGGGAUAUCUACGCUCAUCAACCAGUUUUGGAAGUGGUGACUACAGAAGUAGAGUCCGAUCAAGUGAGGAGCAUAGGAAGGCCAUGAAAAGUAUUCUUGAUGGACAUUUUAGGGCUUUGGUAGCUCAACUUCUUCAGGUCGAAAAUCUACCCAUGGGUGAAGAAUAUGGCAAGGAGAGCUGGUUGGAGAUAAUUACAUCUUUGUCAUGGGAAGCAGCAACUCUUCUUAAGCCAGACACUAGCAAGGGAGGAGGAAUGGAUCCUGGUGGAUAUGUGAAAGUUAAAUGCCUAGCUAGUGGCCGCCGCAGUGACAGCAUGGCAGUGAAAGGAAUUGUUUGUAAGAAGAAUGUGGCUCAUCGUCGUAUGGCAUCAAAAAUAGAAAAGCCCCGUUUCUUAAUCCUGGGAGGAGCUCUUGAAUAUCAGCGAGUAACAAAUCUGCUGUCAAGUUUUGAUACAUUGUUGCAGCAGGAAAUGGAUCACUUGAAGAUGGCGGUUGCAAAGAUAGAUGCUCACCAUCCCAAUGUCCUUUUGGUAGAGAAAUCAGUGUCUCGUUUUGCCCAAGAUUAUCUGCUUGCCAAAAAUAUUUCACUUGUUUUGAAUAUUAAAAGGCCACUUUUAGAGCGUAUAGCUCGCUGUACUGGUGCUCAGAUUGUCCCUUCAAUUGAUCAUCUAUUAUCUCCGAAGCUAGGACAUUGUGACUUGUUCCAUGUGGAGAAAUAUUUUGAAGAGCAUGGAAGUGCUGGUCAGGGUGGGAGGAAAGCACUCAAGACUUUAAUGUUUUUCGAAGGAUGCCCAAAGCCCUUGGGUUGUACCAUUUUGCUUAAGGGUGCUAAUGGUGAUGAGUUGAAGAAAGUUAAACAUGUUGUCCAGUAUGGAGUAUUUGCAGCCUAUCACUUGGCCUUGGAAACAUCUUUUCUUGCAGAUGAAGGUGCCUCUCUUCCAGAGCUUCCCUUGAAGUCUCCCAUAACUGUUGCACUGCCAGAUAAACCAUCUAGUGCUGACAGGUCCAUAUCUACAAUACCUGGUUUCACUAUCCCUUCUGCUGGAAAGCUCCAAUCUGGUAGUGAUGUGCAAAGAACCAAUACGUCCGAUUCUAACUUAACAUGCGGCAACUUUGGAAAAGUGGAAGCAGUGGUGUCACCAUACUCAUAUGAAAAUCUUAAUUCCCAAACUGUGAAGUCUGCCUCUACCUAUCCUCCAUCCAUUGAUGUGAAUGACUUUCAUGUUGAAAGUACUAACUUUAUUGAACACGCUUUCAAACCACAUAGUAUGGAUGCUUUCCCCACUGCAAUGCAGCUGAAUGCUUGUCCUGGCUACUCUUCCUCCUGUGCUAAAUCAGUGAGGAACAAAGUGGGUUUCAUGGAAUGUGUUGAUAGAGAAACCGUCAGAACUGAUGACCAGCCACUUACUCGAGAUUCUACCAAUCCUUCUAGCUGUCACAACAGUUUGGAGACCUUAGAAAGAGGUGGCGUAGUGGCUGAGAAUACCCAAAUGGAUGCCGAAAAGAUGAUAAAAAUGCAACCAGGUUUGUCUGAUCUAGGAACUUCAUACCAAGAUAAUAGCCUUAGGGAUGAGCAUAUAUGUCCAAUGGAGGAAUUCCUCCCUUCUCCUUCUGAUCAUCAGAGCUUUUUGGUUUCCCUUUCUUCCCGCUGUGUAUGGAAAGGGACUGUGUGUGAGCGUGCGCAUCUAUUUCGUAUCAAAUAUUAUGGCAACUUUGACAAGCCUCUGGGAAGAUUUUUACGUGACCAUCUAUUUGACCAGAGUUACCGGUGUUGUUCCUGUGAGAUGCCAUCGGAAGCUCAUGUUCAUUGUUAUACUCAUCGCCAAGGCAGUCUGACAAUAUCUGUUAGGAAGCUGACAGAGUUUAGUUUGCCUGGAGAACGAGAUGGCAAAAUAUGGAUGUGGCACAGGUGCUUACGCUGUCCUCGGAUUGAUGGGCUUCCUCCUGCAACUCGAAGAGUCGUGAUGUCUGAUGCUGCCUGGGGUUUAUCUUUUGGUAAAUUUUUGGAGCUCAGCUUUUCAAAUCAUGCUGCUGCGAGUAGAGUAGCUAGCUGUGGUCAUUCUCUCCACAGGGAUUGCCUCCGCUUUUAUGGAUUUGGGAGAAUGGUUGCUUGCUUUCGGUAUGCGCCAAUCAAUCUUCACUCCGUUUACCUGCCGCCUCCAAAACUUGAUUUUAAUUACCAGCAUCAGGAGUGGGUAGAAAAAGAAGUAAACGAGCAGGUUGCUGAAGCAGCAGAACUUCUCUUCACUGAGGUACUCAAUGCUCUGUGCCAAAUUUCAGAGAGAAAGCCAAAGACAGGGUCUCUUGAUGGAAACAUGAAAGUUUCAGAGUUAAGAAGAGCCAUCGUAGAACUUGAAGGAAUUCUACAAAAAGAAAAAGCAGAAUUCGAGGAAUCUAUACAGAAAAUAAUGAAAAAAGAGACAAGGAAGGGAAAACCCUCAAUUGAUAUUCUUGAGGUCAAUAAACUACGAAGGCAAUUACUUUUUCAGUCAUAUUUUUGGGAUCAAAGAUUAAUAUAUGCUGCUGGUUCGCAUAAUGGUCGUCAUGAAGUGCUUAGUGGUUUCAUGAUAAGAAAUAAGGAGAAGCUCAACUGUACUGAAAAGCUAGUGGAUUUCAAUACAGCCCCCAGGUUGCAAAGAAGCUUCAUACGUCUGGAGACUGCUUCCCCCAGUUCCAGAGGUGAUGAAUCUAUUGUGGGCAGCACAUGUCCAACUGACCAUGAAGAGGGGCUUGACCAUUUUAACCAGCCUAAUGUAAGUCAGCAGAAAAGAAAUCAUGAGAAGGCUAAUAUUAAUGGAAAACGAAGCAAUGGUAAUCUGGCUACCAGCAUAAAUGCAGGUGACCAACUGGACCCUCUGGAACCUGGGCUUGGUGUCCGCAGAGUCGUCUCUGAUGGGCAGUUCCCAGUUAUGGCUGAUCUGUCAGACACCUUGGAUGCAAAGUGGAGAGGUGAAAAUGGCCCUGCACUUGCUGAUGCAAGCAUGUCCAAUGGAUCAGCCUCUGUAGAAGCUGAAACUACAGUGUCAGUAUUAGAAGAUUCUGAAGAACAAAGUCGAGCUGAUACAACUAAAUUAUUUGCCUCUGCUUUGCCUGCCAGGUGGAGAGACAGUUCAGAGGACCUAUCAAGCUCUAUUAAAAUGCCAUUUGUAAAUUUUUAUCGUGAUAUCAACAAGAAUUCAGGCAGUGCUCCAAGGUUCGGUGUUCUGAGUGAGUACAAUCCUCUCUAUGUUUCUUCAUUCCGGGAUUUGGUGUGUCAGGGCGGAGCGAGGCUGCUUCUUCCCAUUGGGGUGAAUGAUACUGUCAUCCCGAUUUAUGAUGAUGAACCGACGAGUAUCAUUUCAUAUGCGCUUGUAUCUCCUGAUUAUCAUUUUCAGAUGUCUGAAGAGUGGGAAAAAGCAAGAGAUGGCGGGGAUACUUCAUUUCCAUUGCCAAACUAUGACUCAGAAAAUUUUCAACCAUUUCAAUCAUUUGAUGAUGCUUCCUCAGAAAAUUUUAAAAGUUUCGGGUCAGUUGAUGAAAGCAUUUUAUCCUUGUCUGGAAGCAGGGCCCCCCUAGUUUUGGAUCCAGUUGCAUCUACAAAAGCAAUGCACAUCAGAGUCUCUUUUGGGGAUGAUGGGCCACUUGGAAAAGCAAAAUAUACAGUGACUUGUUAUUAUGCAAAAUCUUUUGAGGCUUUGAGGAGAAUUUGUUGUCCAUCUGAGCUUGGUUUUGUAAGGUCUCUCAGUCGAUGUAAGAAAUGGGGAGCACAGGGUGGAAAGAGCAAUGUUUUUUUUGCAAAAUCAUUGGACGAUAGGUUUGUUAUAAAGCAAGUAACAAAAACAGAGCUAGAAUCAUUUAUCAAGUUUGCUCCAGAGUAUUUUAAAUAUCUCUCUGAGUCAAUAAAAACUGGAAGUCCCACAUGCUUGGCAAAGAUUCUAGGCAUCUACCAGGUGACAAUUAAGCACCUGAAGGGUGGAAAGGAGUCGAGGAUGGAUUUGCUGGUUAUGGAGAAUCUUUUGUUUCGACGGAAUGUGACCAGGCUGUAUGACCUUAAGGGAUCUUCAAGGUCGCGGUAUAAUCCAGAUUCAAGUGGUAACAACAAAGUACUCCUUGAUCAGAACUUGAUUGAGGCAAUGCCAACUUCUCCAAUAUUUAUGGGAAACAAGGCAAAGCGGCUACUUGAAAGAGCUGUUUGGAAUGAUACUUCCUUUCUAGCAUCUAUUGAUGUCAUGGAUUACUCUUUACUGGUGGGGGUAGAUGAGGAGAAGCAUGAACUGGUUCUUGGAAUUAUUGAUUUUAUGAGGCAGUACACAUGGGACAAGCACCUAGAGACAUGGGUGAAAGCUUCAGGCUUCUUGGGCGGGCCAAAAAAUGCAUCUCCAACUGUGAUUUCACCCAAGCAAUACAAAAAACGUUUUAGAAAAGCAAUGUCUGCAUAUUUUCUUGUGGUUCCAGAUCAGUGGUCACCUCCUGCUGCCAUCCCAGGCAAGUCGCUAUCUGAACAGUCUGACCUUGGCCAGGAUAAUGUGCAAGGUGCCUCUCAAGAGUCAUGAGAUAUUUGUCUUGUAUAUUUUGAGAUGUUUGAUGAUAGAUGGCCCACAUUUUUUGGGUUCCUUUUCCAUGUUUUUAUCUCCUUUUUUCAUUUUGUAUGUGUAGAUUUGUAGAUGGCAUUCUCAUUUGUAAUCUUGCUUACAUUUGUGAAUUAUUUUUUAAAGAUGCAGAAGGCGGUUAGAUAUCAUGAGAAUUUCAAUCAAGGCAUAGUGUUAAAGAACUGCCGGAGAUAUGUACAUUAUGUUCAUGUGUUUUUUGCAGCAAUAUAUGGAAAUAAUACAUAUUUAAAUC